AUGGCCGCGCCCGUCAUGACCGUCUCCGAGAGCAAGGAGCUCAGAGGGCUCAAUCUCAUCGCGGCCCACUCGCACAUUCGGGGCUUGGGAGUCGACGCCACAACAUUGGAGCCCAGAGCUGUGUCUCAGGGCUUGGUUGGACAGGAGAAGGCCAGGAAAGCCGCCGCUGUUAUUCUGCAGAUGAUUAAGGAAGGCAAGAUUGCUGGCCGAGCCUGUUUGAUCGCUGGUCCUCCAAGCACUGGCAAGACUGCCAUCGCCAUGGGCAUGGCCCAAUCCCUCGGCCCCGAUGUCCCUUUCACCAGUCUCGCCUCAUCCGAGAUCUUCUCCCUCGAAAUGUCCAAGACCGAAGCCCUCACACAAGCAUUCCGCAAGUCCAUCGGCGUGCGCAUCAAGGAAGAGAGCGAGAUCAUGGAGGGCGAGGUUGUUGAGAUCCAGAUUGACCGCAGUGUCACCGGCGGUGCUAAGCAGGGAAAGCUGACGAUCAAGACGACCGACAUGGAGGCCGUGUAUGACAUGGGCGCGAAGAUGAUUGAUGCGAUGACCAAGGAGCGCGUCAUGGCCGGUGACAUUAUUUCUAUCGACAAGUCCUCUGGCAAGAUCACGAAGCUUGGUCGGUCGUACGCCCGCUCGCGCGACUACGACGCGAUGGGCGUCGACACGAAGUUCCUCCAAUGCCCUGACGGGGAGCUGCAGAAGCGCAAGGAGGUCGUGCACACCGUCACUCUUCACGAGAUUGAUGUCAUCAACUCUCGUACACAAGGCUUCUUGGCCCUUUUCUCGGGCGACACAGGCGAGAUCCGCAGUGAGAUUCGUGACCAGAUCAACACCAAGGUUGGAGAGUGGAAGGAGGAAGGCAAGGCCGAGAUUGUGCCGGGUGUUCUUUUCAUCGACGAGGUUCACAUGCUGGAUAUCGAGUGCUUCUCAUACAUUAACCGCGCUCUGGAGGACACCCUUGCGCCUGUGGUCAUCAUGGCCAGCAACAGGGGGAACUCUCGCAUCAGGGGAACCGACUACCGCAGUCCCCACGGCCUUCCGCUGGACUUCCUUGACCGCGUUGUCAUCAUUCACACCAAUACCUACAGCCCCGACGAGAUCAAGCAGAUUCUUACUAUCCGUGCACAGGAGGAGGAGGUUGAGAUCUCUGCCGACGCUCUGGCGCUCCUGACCAAGAUUGGCCAGGAGGCUGGUCUGCGCUAUGCUAGCAACCUCAUCACGACAUCUCAGCUGGUGAGCAACAAGCGCAGGUCAAAGCAGGUCGAGAUUGCCGACGUCCAGAGGAGCUUCUCGCUUUUCUACGAUCCGGCUCGCAGCGUCAAGUUUGUGUCCGAGUCGGAGAAGCGCCUGAUAGGCAAGGACGGCGCUGUCGAUUUUACCGUCACUAAUGGUCAUGGUGAGACGAUGGAUUUGAGCUAA